GUCUGACACUCAGUGUGGUCAUGUUAUUUAUAGACAGAGCCAUAUUACAGAGAGAUCCUCGCAGAGAUGCCAGAAGGCCCAACUGUACGGAAGUUCAAUUCACUGGUCCGUCCAUUUGUGAAUCUGUUAAUUGUAAAUGUUGGAGGAAGAACACGUCAGAUCAAUCCUCAAGAUUUGAAGGGACAACAUUUUAUAAAUUCUCAGGUUCAUGGAAAAAAUCUAUACAUGGCAUUUGGCCAUGAUAAUAAAAAUUCCAAAAACUAUGAUUUAUGUCAGCAUGAGGAAGGGCAGACACAAAGCCAGCAAGCAGAGGGCAGCUUGGAGAAACAUUGCUUGUUGGGUGAUGAUCCACUUGAAGAGUCCUCAAAGGUUCCUAAAGAUCUGCAUACGGGAGAACCUACUGAAAAUGAUCUGUGUUUAAGGUGGCUUCGUUUCCAUUUUGGGCUGUACGGAAGUGUGCGAGCCAACGAGUAUUCCAGAGCAAGGAAAGAAAAUAAAAGAGGGGUUUGGCGAGACCCAUCACCUAGAUUAAUCCUGCACUUUGAUUCUGAGAGAUUCUUGGUGUUUUACAAUUGCCGGAUGACGUGGUGCUCGUCCCCUUUCUCUGAACCUGCAUGUGACAUCCUUUGCCCAGAGUUUGACAAGGAGAGAGCUUUGAGAGCAUUGUCUGUGCCAAGACCAGUCUGCAUAACUCUGAUGGAUCAGAGGCAUUUCUCUGGAGUAGGGAACAUUAUCAAGAAUGAGGUUCUGUUUUUGGCAAAUGUCCACCCUCUUUCAUUUGGGUCACACCUGCCAUCAGAGAGUCUACAAUGCAUUCUGGACCACACCAUACGCUUCACUUGUAAUUGGCUGAAUAAUAAGCUGCAGAGGAAAGGUCUCCGCUAUCAUAUUUACAUGAAGGAAUGUUGUGACAAGGGCCACAAGGUGGUAAAAGAAUCCAUUGGUCCCACCUAUGGGCUGAAGCGGCUUACCUGGUAUUGCCCUGAGUGUCAACCACAUGUAAAAUCUGAGAAUGCAGUGCCAUCCAAGGAAGACCUGUAG